AAGUAGGGGAGAAGCAGUGCAAAUUAAAACUAUAGAGAUAAGCAGUUGCUUAAAAAUGGGCAUCUCUUUAUUCUUCUUCUUCUUGUUUAUGAGAUUGUUUGCAGAGAUUAAUGGAGGGAGCCGAGAUGAUGAGUGCAAGGCGUCAAGGUGCAGUCACCAUGGUCCAGUCAUCCGGUUUCCGUUCCGGCUAAAACACCAGCCAGAACACUGUGGAUAUCCGGAGUUUGAGCUAUCAUGCUCAGAAGAGAAGCGGACCAUACUAGAGCUGCCCUCUUCAGGAAAGCUCUGGGUGAAGGAAAUAAAUUACACUUCUCAGGAGAUUUAUCUGGUACCCUGGUACCCGCGUGAUUGCCUUCAAUGGCAGAUUCUAAACUUUAAUUUAUCUGGCUCUCCCUUCCAGUUCAUAUAUGAGUACAGAUACAGCAACUUCUCCUUCUUCAAUUGUUCUGAAGAUACAACAAAUCAGCAAUUAUAUCCUGAUGAUCAUCAACUUUGGUCCAUCCCUUGCAGUUUUCUCUCAAGUAACCCAGUUUAUGUCGCUAGUUCCUAUAACGCUCUUGCUACAGUGAACUUAUCCUCUUGCCGGAAGAUUUUCAAUGCUACACUCCCAGAUGAUGUUAUAUUUAAUUAUGAAGGGGAAUUUUAUAUGAAUUGGUCAAAACCUAUGUGCGGAAACUGUGAAGCAAAAGGAAACAAGUGCCAACGGAAGAAGAAUAAUAGCAGGGAACCUGAAAUCGAAUGCAUCGAUAAACCAGCAAAAGGUGCUCCAAUGGAUAAAAUGGUGCUUACAGAAGCAAUCCUUGGUUUCCUUCAUUUCACUUUUGGAAUCUUUAUAAUAUUUAUUGUCUAUCGCUCUAAUAAGUUGAAAAGAGAGCAUAGAAUAAAUAUUCAAAAGUUUUUGGAAGAUUAUAGAGCUCUCAAGCCCUCAAGGUACUCCUAUGCUGAUAUUAAAAAGAUCACAAAUAAUUUCAAGGACAAACUAGGUCAAGGAGGUUAUGGGACUGUUUAUAAAGGAAAGCUCUCAAAUGAAGUUUUUGUUGCAGUAAAGAUCCUUGAUGAUUUCAAAGGAAAUGGGGAAGAUUUCAUUAAUGAAGUAGGAACAAUGAGUACCAUACAUCAUGUUAACGUGGUUCGGUUGCUCGGGUUUUGUGCAGAUGGAUAUAAGCGAGCUUUGAUUUAUGAAUUUUUACCAAAUGAGUCACUAGACAAGUUCAUAUUUUCAGCAUUUGGCAAUAAUUAUUCUCUAGGUUGGCAUAAGCUUCAAGAUAUUGCUAUUGGCAUAGCUAAAGGUAUUGAGUAUCUUCACCAAGGUUGUGAUCAAAGAAUCCUUCAUUUGGAUAUCAAACCUCAUAAUAUUUUGCUUGAUCAUAACUUUAAUCCGAAGAUUUCUGAUUUUGGUUUAGCCAAAUUAUGCUCUAAGGAGCAAAGUGCAGUAUCUAUGACAGCAGCAAGGGGGACCAUGGGUUAUAUUGCACCAGAAAUGUUAUCAAGAAAUUUUGGGAAUGUGUCUUCUAAGUCAGAUGUUUAUAGUUUUGGUAUGUUGUUGAUUGAAAUGGUAGGGGGAAGGAAGAAUAUUGAUGCUACAGUAGAAAAUACUAGUCAAGCAUACUUCCCAGAAUGGCUCUAUAAUCAUUUGGAUCAAGAGCAAGAGGUACACAUCCGAAUUGAGGACGAAAGUGAUAUUAAAAUAGCAAAGAAACUAAGCAUCAUAGGGCUUUGGUGUAUCCAAUGGUAUCCAAUAGAUCGUCCUUCCAUGAAAAUUGUGGUUGGAAUGUUGGAAGGAGAAGAAGGCAAUUUAGUUAUGCCUCCUAAUCCUUUUACCUCUAUGGGACAAACAAGGACAAGUGUUAGAAGACGCAAAACAUCUAUCCAACCAGAGUUGACAGUCAUAUCAGAAAUAGAAUAAAAGGUUGUCUAUUAUGAGUGUUUAAUUUGGGUAAUAAUCAUGUUGUAAUAAAUGGUGUUAAUGUAAUCUCGUUAUUUAUUGCUACAGUUUAAUAAAAUAGGCUGCUUUUGAGGCUCCACCUUCAUUAA